UAUUACUUCAUACAAAUUUACAAAUUAUUUGCCAAUACCAUCUCCAUUACCAGCGGAGCCCCAUGACCGUUUUCCAUCUGAUUCCCAGUCACAUCAAGCUAGGCAUCUAACAACUUCUGGAUUACGUCCUUGUAUUCUUUCUGCUUGAGCAACACGAGUUCACUGCGGCCUCUGAACAAGGCACGCGUAUAACGCACUGGGGGUGUCAGACCGUCCAUGCCUUCUUUUGGAUUAUAGACACCAACCGUUGAGAGAUGCACAUUCCGAACAUCAGCUCGCCUUCGGCCCUCUUGGCCGCCAUCCUCGCCGCCGCGCCCCAGCUGGCUUCGGCCUUCUACCUACCCGGCGUCGCCCCAACAUCAUACCAACAGGGAGACCGCGUUCCCUUAUACGUCAACAGCAUCAAGCCAGUGGCCGCACCAGAAGAUGCUCGACUGCACUCCGUCGUCUCGUACGACUACUACCACCCGGCCUUCAAGUUCUGCAGGCCAGAAGAAGAUGUCGAACACGUCUCGGCAAGUCUAGGCAGCAUCCUCUUCGGGGACCGCAUCAAGACAUCGCCCUUUGAGCUGCUCAUGCUCAAGAACGAACAAUGCAAGCGCCUCUGCACCCAGAAGUACUCGGGCGCCUCGAUCGGCUUCCUCAAGCGUCGCAUCGAGCAGGGCUAUAGCCUCAACUGGCUCGUCGACGGCCUUCCCGCCGGCCAGCAGAUCCACGACGACUUCACCAACACCACUUUCUACAACCCGGGCUUCCUGAUGGGCUGGGCCGACGGCCAGGGGAACCUCGUCUUCAACAACCAUUACGACAUCAACAUUGAGUACCACCCCGUCACCGGCGACGAAUCGCUGAACCGCGUCGUCGGCGUCAUCGUCGAACCGAGCUCCCGCAAAUACAAGGGCGAGCCCGACUGCAGCAGCGCCGUCGAACCCAUCGUCAUCGCCGACGACGGCCUCGAGCGCGACGUCACCUUCACCUACAGCGUCUACUGGACCAAGUCCGACACCGCCUGGGCCACGCGCUGGGACAAGUACCUCCACGUCUUCGACCCCAAGAUCCACUGGUUCUGGCUGAUAGACACGGCCAUCAUCGUCGUCAUCCUGGUCGGCACCGUCGCCUCCAUCCUCGUCCGCGCCUUGAAGAAGGACAUUGCCCGCUAUAACCGCCUCGAUCAGAUCAACCUCGACGAUCUCUCCGGCACCGGCCUUGAGGAGGAUGGUGUCCAGGAGGAUUCCGGCUGGAAGCUCGUCCACGGCGACGUCUUCCGCAGCCCCAAGUACCCGCUCCUGCUCUCCGUGCUUCUCGGCAGCGGCGCCCAGCUUUUCGUCAUGACCGGCUUCACCAUCUGCUUUGCCCUGCUUGGCUUCCUAUCGCCCUCGAACCGUGGUUCUCUCGGCACCAUCAUUCUCGUCCUCUACACUCUGCUGGGCUUCGUGGGCGGAUAUGUCUCGUCCCGCGCCUACAAGGCCAUGGAAGGCGAGAGGUGGAAGGCCAACAUCAUCCUUACGCCGUUGCUUGUUCCCGUCAUCGUCUUCUCCACCUUCUUCCUCCUCGACCUCUUCCUCUGGGCGAAGGAGUCCUCGGGCGCCGUCCCCUUCACCACCAUGCUCGUCAUCGUCGCCAUAUGGUUCAUCAUCUCCGUGCCCCUCUCGGUUGCGGGCUCGUGGCUAGGUUUCCGUGCGCCGGCCAUCGAGAGCCCCGUCCGUACCAACCAGAUUCCUCGCCAGGUGCCCCCCGUCAGCACCUACCUCAAGCCGAUCCCCAGCAUGCUCAUUGUCGGCUUGCUGCCGUUCGGCGCCAUCUUCGUCGAGCUUUACUUCAUCAUGAGCUCGGUCUGGUUCAGCCGCAUUUACUACAUGUUCGGCUUCCUCUUCCUCUCCUACGGCCUCAUGAUCGUCACCUGCGCCACCGUCACCAUUCUGAUGGUCUAUUUCCUCCUCUGCGCCGAGAACUACAACUGGCAGUGGCGUUCUUUCCUCGCCGCCGGCACGUGCGGAGGCUACAUCUUUGCCAACUGCCUCCUUUACCUCGUUACCAAGUUGAAGUUGAGCGGCCUCGCUGGCGCUGUCUUGUACAUCGGCUACAGCGGCCUCAUCUCCUUCCUCUUCUUCAUUCUAACGGGAUCCAUCGGUUACUUUGCCAGUUGGUGGUUUGUUCGAAGGAUUUAUGCCUCGAUCAAGAUUGACUAAGUCUAGCAGCAACACACUCGGCUUCGGCGAGCAAAAGAGUAGCAUGUCCAAAGAACGGAAGACUGGCAGCCUGGAGUCUGGUCUAUUCCGUGUAUGAUGACAAUAUUUAUUGUACGAGUACGCCUUUUUUUCUUCUUUUUUUUUUCUUUAUUUUUCCUAUUCGAUGCCUGUCAUCGCCUUGGUUGGGUCAUCUCACCACGCUUUGUUGAGAAGGCGUGCCGUUAUGGAAGGGAGUAACGAUUUCAGUUCAGUGUGGUUGCGGGAAUCCUCAAUGGCCAACAGGGAGGGGGACUACUCGCUGACCGCGGUUCAGAAGUAAAAAAAGAAGGCUGGAACAUGACAUUAGACGCUUUGCAGCACACAGAUAUAGAGAUGGAAGGAAUCCUCUAAUCAUAUUGGGUAUCCGGAACUAAUC